CAGCACAGCACAUGAUGUUGACUGCUUUAUAUAGCGUAAUUUCUUGGACAUUUCGCGUCAUUUUUGGUUCGAUUUUUGAAGUGCUCUAACUUUCCUUCAUUUUUUGUUUGAUGGCUGAAUUUUCAGUAAAUGUGUGGGAUUGGAUAGGUCUACAAUAUAUAUUAAAACGAGGGAAAUUGAAGAACUUUCAGUUUUUCAUCUGCCACACAUUCUGUGAUUCUUACAGGCAAGCUCUCUUAAAGGCUGUACUCAUAGUACCAGGAUUUUGGGCAUCUGACUAAGUGGAAAUCUCGAGUGGAAUUUUUAUACAUUUAUUAAAAAUAAAUAAAUAUAUACAAAUUCCACACGAAAUUUCCAUCUACAAAUCCCUUCAACAAUGUACUUUAAUAUAGCACUGCAUGUCCGCACCACCUAGGAAUGCAUUUGUUAAACUCGAAUAAGUUUUGUUUUGGCAGGGUCUAAGUGAAGAUGUGAGUAUCAAUAAAUUCUUUGAUGAUCCUAUGUUGUUGGAAUUGGCCAGACAAGACGUGAUGUUCAAUUAUCCAAUGUAAAUAACCGUACAUGAAAACAAAGGAUAUAUCAUUAUACCAUGACCACACAAGAAAACUUUGUGACGAAUAUCUGUACAUAUCAGGAUUGGACUGUAUUGUCAACCGAUCGAUAAGGAAUAAAACAGACCAUGUUUUUUCCCACUGAUCCGAAAAAUAUGGACUGAUUAGUGCAACGCAUCGUUCAAUGUCAGGUCUGCCUUUACUGUAAGGAACCAAACUACAAGACAUGUCUAUACUUAAAAUGUCGUCCAAACUUUUAAACUGAUAACUGCAUUAUUUUGGCUAUAAAGUAUCUCAAACAAUACAUUUUUAUUACAGUACAUCGGGAGGUAGCUAGUUGACGAUGAGCAUGAAAAAUAGUUUUUUAUCACGUACGAAUCAAAGUUAUAUCUCAAGUUACGCGCUCAAUGGCUUCAUCUUCGUUCCCAGGGUUUCACGGCUCAACCCAAGGUUUCAAAGAGAAAUGUAUUAGUGCGCGAAACAUGAGGAUAUUACCCGAAUCAAGUCUAGUCUAGGACUUGUUCCAAGUCUGUUAAUUUAUUUGGGAGUUAUAAACGGCGCGCGAAAGUACGGGCGGGAGCCCACCGACUUCACUUUUGAAACUGCCUCGUACAGUCGUACCCAGUCGUUUCCAGAGUAUUAUUUAACGUCGUUUCGUGUAAAAACGAACGGCACGUGCGACGCGCGUGUGAUGGGUUUACAUGAAGUAUUGCAUGCAAUCGGGCAGGCUCAGUGUGAAGGGACUGUUGUCACUGUUGGGAAGAGUUCCAAGUCCUAACCAUAGAAUAAAGAUCCAUAUAGAAGGGCCACUUACGUCGGAAGCUUUGAAGUUUCUGUCCUCGCGCAUGACGCAUUACGCAUGUUGGCCGCCAUUUUCCUAGCCAGUCAAUGACAUUUUCUGGCCAAUAAACACGCCGUACUGGCUGGCUGCUCCGCCUUCCGCUUCUGCUCCGCUGUCUGCUCCGCCUCUUCCAGUAAACUGCAUAUUUUUGCAUAAAAAAACGAGGACACGUUGCACCGCUGAGUGGCCCUUCUGUUAGUGAUCUUUAUUCUGUGUCCUAACAGCCCCUUUGAGGGUAGCAUGCCUGCAAUACUUCGUGUAUAGAUAUCCCUGUUAUAUAUAGCUCACAGAAUAAUAUGCUAAUAUAGCCGUACGAGGCAACCUUUGAGAGACGGACUUGGAGCAUGUCUAGAUGUAAUCGUGCACGUACGCGGUAACUGUGUUGUGCAGAGUUUUUUUGUGAUAAAGCCCGCAAUUUUUUAAACUUUUUUUGUAUGUCGAGGUUUUCCGAUAUACUGAAAUUAUAGUCAAUAGAAAAUAAUUUUAGAACUCGGUAGUAAUGGUAUUAACUAUUAAGUAUAUGGAAAAAUCCAUUACUAUAAUACAGCAAUUAUACCCAAACGAAUUAACCUUUUGAUAUUUACUUAUAAACUAAUUUUUUGUAAAACAAAGGGAACGGUACUCCGGUUUGAUUCAGACAAAACCCGAAAUUUAGGCCUGCAGAAAGUAAAUUGUUUAAUGUUUCAUAAUUCUUAGGUUAGCUAUGUACUAUUUAACGUACAGCGCGACUGUAAUAAAUCUUCAUAGGGCUUCCUGCUUCCGUAUUUUUCUUUAUAUUACCUUGACCUUUUAACCUUUGUUUCCAGGUACAGUAUAUGCAUUCAGAGAAACAUGAAUGUACAGGUCUACGCAAGUUACGCACGUCUUGUAUCCAGAUAUACUUGUGUGUUUGACUGUUUGUCAGCUUUAUUUCAUAGUUUCAUGUCCAGGACUAGAUUUAACAAUGAUGCACGUAUCACUCUUCCUAUACAGUGUUUCUGUUCUUCUCACGGUCACUUUUUCAGGUAAGUUUUCGUAUUCUGCAUUCCCGAGUCUCAUUUGCUGUCAAUUCCAGAACUUCAGUCUGUUUGAUUGAAAAUAUGGGUUGAAACAUUGAAUCAAUGUUGGCAAAACAUUGGAUCUUUACUGUGUGAACAUAGCCAAUAUGCAGACAACGUAGAGUUUUAUGUAUAGGACUUCACGUCAUUGAAAGACCAUUUGUAAAAUUACUGCCGACGGUAAUGGACCAUUUGCAUUAUAGACUAAAUUUUGAUCUCAACAAGUCCAGAUAAAAAUUUCAUCACAGCUUGAAAGAGCAUCACAAAAUUAGUAAUAUUCCAAAAUUUCGUUGCGAAAUGUUGUAAAAUGCGGAUAAUAUAUAUAGCCUUGCGAAGUUUGCCGUUUUUCAGUCAAUUUGCAUUACGCGGGGGAAAUUGACAGCCCAAUACCCUUUGGGGCUGUCAAUUUCCCGUUUGUAAUAGAAAAUGACUGAAAAACGGCAAACUUCGCAAGGCUAUAUUAUCCGCGACCGCAUUUUACAACAUUUUGCAACGAAACUUUGGAAUAUUACUAAUUUUGUGAUGCUCUUUCAAGCUGUGAUGAAAUUUUUAUCUAGUACUUGUUGAGAUCAAAAUUUAGUCUAUAAUGCAAAUGGUCCAUUCCGGUAUCAUUAUAACGCAGCGAUUCUGAAUUACGUGGUAGGCUUUAUUAAUUUUUAAAUGGUUUUCUGCAUUAUGUGCAUUAUUUGCUGUAUAGAAUAUCCCUCAACAUUUGUGUCCGCAGCACUGAGGUCCGCAGUUGUAUUCAUUUUCACUUUCGCCUUUCUUUGAGCCUGCGCGUUUUGCACCCAGCAGUGAGUUUGAUGUACUUCAUGUAAGCUAAAACAGUAAGUUAAAUUAAUUAUGAAUGAUUAAAGCAGAUGCAAGUGCUAAAUUUUGUACCCCUUUCUGGCGGGUAUUGGCAGGUCUGUACGUAACAGCCAACAUAUAGUUGAUUCCAUUACCGACGUUGCUCAACCAUACUCCAUAGUACAUAUAUUUCAUCUUUCAAAUUUUUCAAAUGCAUGUAUGAAAGCUAGUCUCUAUAUUCUAUAAGUCUUCCUUAGACCUUACCGAGAUAUCCUCCUUCUAAUACGAGUUUAUGAAGAUAUGGUUUUAACGAGUCUCCUCAGCUCUCUGUCAUUGAUAAGUAAUACCUGGCGUAAACUUUACUAAGACAGACUCAACAUCAACGAUAGGUAGUUUCUAGGAUUCUAAAUAUAUGCUGUCUAAAUGUUUUCCUGUUGAUAUUUCUUAUGCUGCAGAUCUUCAAGAUAAGCCGAAGAUUUCUUCAAAAGGCGCUGACCUUUAUCUCAGCUCUGGGACUGAGGGAAACAUUGUAUUUGAUCAUUCCCAACAAGGGAAGAUUUUUUUUGGAGUUCAUGAACUGGUAAACUUUAUGUAAAUAGAUCUUGAAUGAGCGGUUGAUCGUCUAGGCAAUUAAACCAAUUUUCACACUGAAUUUGUGAGGGAAAAGCAGCCUCUUUCGUAUACCUUCCUAUUUACUAUUAUUUUUGUUAAUUAGGAAAAUACUAUGUUUGCGAUGUUACUCUGAGUGCAUAUCCACACCGGGCGAGCUUGAAAAAUAUGCCCGGCCACGGUGGGAUUCGAACCUACGACCUUUGGAAUACUAGCCCAAUGCUCUUCCAACUUUAUCCCAUACCUGUGUUAAAAGCGGCUUUCUGAUUGGUUUAGAGCAGGUGAGCUUGUCGUCGAGCUCACCUGCUUUUUUCCGAACUCACCUGCUUUUCGCCCGAGCUCACCCGCUAAACUGCUUACGUUGCAAUAACAAUAACAAAUAUGGCGGACAAGAUUUAGCUGAUAAACCUAAACUUUAAAGAACUUUUUUCGGUGACUAACAUACUGAGACUGAAGAAAAACCAAAGAAAAAAUGCAGUAAAGGUAAUGUAGACGUAGAUAAAGAAGAAUUUUCUUGCCCAGUGAUUUUUUGGCCGGGAAAAUGUUCACAAAACAUCGACGAAUAUAUCGCGAAGAGCUACAAAUGUGUGUAUGGCUCGGUGCAUGGGAUAAAAACCAAACGUACUUGCAGGUUCGGUGAGUCCGGGAUUGGACGCACCUCGGGUGGCUGGAAGUUUCCCGAACUCACCUCGCUUCGCUCGGUAAGUUCGGGAAACUUCCAGCCACCCUCGGUGCGUCCAAUCCCGGACUCACCUCCCUGCAAGUACGUUUGUUAUAGAGCUACGCGGUCAGGACGGUUCGAGUCAAGCUCGCCCGGUGUGGAUAUGCACUCAGAGUAACAUCGCAAACAUAUUAUUCACCUGAGUACACAACACCAACAUAGGAAAAUACUGUUUGUAGUUCUCCAUAUCGUAAGCCGCUUUGCCAUGAACGCAAAAACGACAAAUUAGGGUAUUUUUGCUUCAUCUGAUCGGAAAUUUAUAUACAUUUAUUAGACCUAUUAAACCAGGAGCAGGUGCGACCCAAAAUUGCAUUUUUCGUCGCCCCAGUGACCUAAAGUUGGAUUUUUCGUCCCCCCAGGGACCUAAAGGCUAAAGUUGAAUUGUUCGCAGCUGUUCCUGUUUAGGACUAAAUAUAUAAAUUUCCAUUCGAUAAUUUCCAUUCAAUCGAGUGAAAUGCCAACAAAAUCUUAAUAUUUAAAAAGUUGUAUUUCGUAAUUGAAAUUGUGACACGCUUUUGAUAAAUACGUCACUCCUUGACCUGGAGCCUUGACCCCAUGAAUCAAAAUAAAGGACUAUUCGUUCAUGAGGGAUAUGAGACGUAAUUAAUGAAAGGUGUAUUGAAAUACAACCUGCAUAUUAUGAAUGUCUGCAUACAAGAAUGUAUGCAUAAUUGUUAAUGUAUGAUACAUUCAAAUCUUCUGCAAAGCCGGAUACAGAUGAAUUUUUUAAAUAAUUUUUCUUCUAAAUAAUUUGCCCUUGGCCUAAGCCUAAGGCCAUUAACUCGUGUUAAGUUCGUAUUUUAAAAACGUUUUAGUUAUCCCGCUGAUCAUGACAGACAAACAAACAAACAAACAGACAGACAGACAGACAGACAGACAGACAGACAGACAGACAGACAGACAGACAGACAGACAGACAGACAGACAGACAGACAGACAGACAGACAGACAGACAGACAGACAGACAGACAGACAGACAGACAGACACACAGACAGACAGACAGACAGACAGACAGACAGACAGACAGACAGACAGACAGACAGACAGCUUCAAUAAAAGUUAAGAUAAUUUUCUUCUCUAGAACUUCACAAAGAAAGCAGGUCCACCGGGGCCUCCUGGGAAAGCAGGGACCAGAGGUGAUAGAGGGAAUAAAGGGGACAAAGGUGACUCAAGUGAUGGAACAUCUGGGACUAAAGGGAAUAAAGGAGAUCGAGGACCACCUGGUAGGGAUGGUGAG